AUGUGUGGGUUGUCUGCAAGGUCCCAGGCUAUGACACCGAUCAAGCUUAAGAAUUUUUGCUGGAGGGCGGAGGCUGUAGUUCCAACUCCAACCGACGAGGCCCUGGAAAAUAGAAUUCCACAUCUAAAGGACGAUGGGUUACGGCCAAGAGUUUUUCAAAAUCUUAAAGUUGGGCGAAAGCAGCAUCACCGGAUUCUAACAAAGGAGCUGGAUUCAUGUCAAUUGAGUCAAAAGUCGAAACAAAGAAGUCUUCCCUGUCCUACUAAGGCAACCAGGUCUGGGUCAAGGAGGAAUGGCCAAGGACCACUAAGAAGUCCCAAUCGAAGGUGUAAAAGGAAGGAAAGGCAGAAGAAAGCCCUCUUUCUUUUAGUGGUGCUGGUAUUAGUAAGUCAGCCGGCUACUAGUCAACGUCUUCGCUUUGAAAGCGGGAGAAUACUUGCCUGGAAAGGCAUACUCUUAGAAAGAUUACUGGCCUACUGCUGCCUUACCACUAGCUUAACACUAGCAGCACAGGCUUACCUAUUAAUCACAGACCCCCUUCCUUACUUGCUUGCCUUUCCAAAUGAGAGGACGAAGAACCUAGGCGCGGAUUGGGCUUCCCGAACCAAAGGUAAGCUCCGAUUGCGCCUUAGGACUAGGACUGAUCUGAUCGGAUAUGCCUUCCCUUCUGACUUUCCUGAGCGACCUGAGGUUGAGCGGAAAGCUGAGUUGAAAGCUAGUGAUCCCCAAUUCCGUUCCCCAGUGAUUGCCAAUUCUCUUUCCACUGAAGCAAAGGUGCGCCUUGAAGGAGAUGGAAGCCUUUGCAGCCGAUUUCGGGAUCAUGGACUCUUUGACUAUGCUCCAGCUAAUGGAUCGUCUGAGGCUAGUACUAAGAAAGUACUGAAGAAUGUGCGCCGGAAAAUGAUGACCGAUAACCAAAACUUGGCACAGAGUCAACUCAGACGUUCUCGGGGCUUAUCGGACAAGAUGUUACACAGAAUCGGAGCUAGAAGAAAGGUUGAAUCUGAAAAGUACUCUUCCGGGAAAGAAAUUUCUACUCUAUUUUUUGGAUCAGGAACAAUCGAACCAGAGCAGUUAAGGCUAAAGCUCGUUCUUCGAGAGGAUGGUGCUAAUAGCGGAGUGCAGCAGCUUGUGAGCUCACAGAUUCAAAAAGGGGAUGGGAUGCCACCGGCUAAGUUAGAGAUUGUUGAGGAAAGUCAAGUCUCAUUGGAAGGAGGAGCUAGAGCUAAGCUUAUUUCUUCUAUGAAGACCUCUUCUCCCGCCUAA